AACAAACAAACAAACAAACAAAUAAUAAAACGUAGGCUAAAGAAAGCUGGUAGUCAGUAGGUUCUGUGUUUCUUUAAAGUGGGGAGAUUGUUAGAUCUCACUCCACAUGUUGUUUUCUAUAUUAGUUCGCUCUGCAACUCUAUUUCUCGCCUACAUUGUCUUUUUCUUUCUCAUUUACCCUUUUACGAAAAAUUCAAGAACCUUUAUUCAUUGUUGCACUUUUGAAGAGUUCUGUUCCCGUUGUUAGCAGUAGUGACUGUACUUGUGCUUCUUGGUCAAGAGCUUUCACUGAAGUGCCAGGAAUUGCUCUGCGCCUUUGUUCAAAAAGAUGUUCUGUGGAGGUUUUCUAAUCGUCUGUUUCCAGUUUUAGCCCUUUUAAAUGUUAAUCUUGUAUUGGAGAUCUGAGACUUCAAGAUUAGAACCUGUGUUUUCAGUUCCAAGUUCCUUGCUUUGAACUGUUACAGUCACAAUAGCCCUUUGCUUCCUUUUUAAUUGUCAAAUUUGAUUGCUUAAAUUUAUCCAAAUUUCCUGCAAUUCUGAAGGACUAAAGUUUUCAAGUCUUUUUUUGGUAUCCUGAGGUUGCAUUAACAUCUGUCAGACGCUUAGCUUACCCUUUUUCGAAAUCCUAAUUUCGGACUGUUUCUUUCAGCAUAGUCUUUUAGUGGUGUUUGUCAUCUCUGGUUUUGUUAGUAUAAAUUAGGCAAAAAUGCAGAAGCCUCCACAAGCUGUUGAUUUUGCUCUAAAGGAGACCUCACCAAACAUUGGUGCGGCAGCUGUCACAGGGGAUAAGCUUUCCUGCACCUACGACCUUGUUGAACAGAUGCAAUAUCUAUAUGUUCGAGUGGUGAAAGCAAGGGAUUUGCCUGGGAAAGAUGUUACUGGUAGUUGUGAUCCUUAUAUCGAGGUAAAAAUGGGAAACUAUAAGGGAGUUACUAAACAUUUUGAGAAGAAGACAAACCCUGAGUGGAAUCAGGUUUUUGCUUUCUCAAAAGAGAGAAUUCAAGCUUCAAUAUUGGAGGUUUCCGUGAAAGAUAAGGACGUAGUAUUAGAUGAUUUAAUUGGAAGGAUUAUAUUUGAACUCAAUGAAAUCCCAAAACGCGUUCCACCUGAUAGUCCUUUAGCACCACAGUGGUAUAGAUUGGAAGACCGAAAGGGGGAUAAAAUCAAGCAUGGUGAGCUGAUGCUGGCUGUUUGGAUGGGAACUCAAGCUGACGAGGCAUUUCCUGAUGCGUGGCAUUCAGAUGCAGCGGCUGUUGGUCCUGAUGGGGUUGCAAACAUCAGGUCGAAGGUAUAUCUUUCACCUAAGCUUUGGUACGUUAGGGUCAAUGUGAUUGAAGCUCAGGACUUGUUGCCUGGUGACAAAAGCAGGUUUCCUGAAGCCUUUGUGAAGGUCACCUUCGGCAAUCAAGCAUUGAGAACUAGAGUAUCACAAAGUAGAAGCAUUCAUCCAUUGUGGAAUGAGGACUUGAUAUUUGUAGCUGCUGAACCUUUUGAGGAGCCUUUGAUUUUGACAGUGGAAGAUAGAGUAGGACCAAACAAAGAUGAAAUUUUGGGGAAAUGUGUGAUCCCUUUACAACUUGUGCAGAGGAGGUUAGACCAUAAGCCGGUUAACACAAGGUGGUAUAAUCUUGAAAAGCAUGUGAUUGGAGAAGUGGAUCAGAAGAAGGAGAUCAAAUUUGCCAGUAGGGUCCAUUUGAGGAUCUGUUUGGAAGGUGGUUAUCAUGUUUUGGAUGAAUCAACGCACUAUAGCAGUGACCUCAGGCCAACAGCAAAGCAGCUGUGGAGGCCAAGCAUUGGAAUUUUGGAACUGGGGAUUCUCAGUGCUGUAGGGCUGAUCCCUGUGAAGACGAAGGAUGGACGAGGAACCACUGAUGCUUAUUGUGUAGCUAAAUAUGGGCAGAAAUGGAUCCGAUCUAGGACAAUAGUUGACAGCUUUACUCCGAGGUGGAAUGAACAGUACACUUGGGAAGUUUUUGAUCCGUGUACUGUCAUUACCAUAGGGGUAUAUGACAAUGGCCAUGUCCAUGGGGGAAGCGGAGGAAAGGAUUCAAGAAUUGGGAAAGUGAGGAUUCGGCUAUCAACACUUGAAACUGAUAGAGUUUACACACAUUCAUAUCCUCUAAUAGUAUUGCAAUCAUCUGGAGUAAAGAAGAUGGGCGAACUUCAAUUAGCUGUGCGGUUCACAUGCUCGUCUUUGAUCAAUAUGUUACAUAUGUAUUCACAUCCACUGCUGCCCAAAAUGCAUUACAUUCAUCCAUUAUCUGUGAUUCAGCUCGAUAGCUUGAGGCACCAAGCUAUGCAAAUUGUCUCGAUGAGGUUGAGCCGAGCUGAGCCACCUCUGAGGAAAGAAGUUGUGGAACACAUGCUAGAUGUGGAUUCACAUAUGUGGAGUAUGAGGAGGAGCAAAGCCAAUUUUUUCAGAAUUAUGGGUGUUCUAAGGGGCUUAAUUGCUGUUGGGAAAUGGUUUGAUCAAAUCUGCAAUUGGAAAAAUCCCCUUACAACCAUUUUAAUUCACAUCCUUUUCAUAAUUUUGGUUCUUUAUCCUGAGUUACUACUUCCGACAAUUUUUCUCUACCUUUUUUUGAUUGGUAUAUGGAACUUCAGGUGGAGGCCAAGGCACCCUCCUCACAUGGACACGCGGCUUUCUCAUGCUGAUGCAGCCCAUCCUGAUGAACUCGAUGAAGAAUUUGACACAUUCCCAACUACCAAGUCAUCAGAUAUGGUCAGAAUGAGAUAUGAUCGUCUCAGAAGUAUAGCGGGGAGGGUUCAAACUGUAGUAGGCGACUUGGCAACUCAAGGGGAAAGAUUCCAAUCUCUGUUAAGUUGGAGAGACCCUAGAGCAACAACUCUAUUUGUAAUAUUUUGUCUGAUUGCUGCUCUAGUUCUAUAUGUUACUCCCUUCCAAGUUGUGGCUCUUCUCGUUGGCAUUUAUAUGUUAAGGCAUCCCAGGUUCCGCCACAAGCUCCCUUCAGUUCCUCUCAAUUUCUUCAGGAGAUUGCCUGCAAGGUCUGAUAGCAUGAUAUGAUUACAGUUGGCAAGUUGACGCAAGGCGGAGGCAGCAUAAACUGAGGUUCUCAGAUGCUUAUAUUGAAAAUUCUGUAAUAUUGCAUUGUAGCUUCGUGAUGUUUCAAUACAUUGCAAUCAUUUAUGUGGAUAUGCUAUGACUUAACCUGAAUAUGAUUUAUAUUGUUUUGA